UAUUCCAAAUCAAGAACAAUCGUUGUAUGUCAAUACAAAUGAAGAGAGAGAAUCAACUGCUGCAAUUGUUCCAAUCGAUGUCUUGAUGAGAAUCAUGGAUGAUGUACAGCUUGAGCUCAAAUAGGAAAUGUCUGCAUUCAGCUUCUGAUAGCAUUGAAAUCUGGAGCAACAGAACUGGGGGAGAAUUCGGAAGUUGUGAGGGAUUCCAGUUCUGCACCGAGUGACAGUUACAGAGUUGAAACAGUUGAAUCAAUUGGUGCUAUCUCUUCAUUGUUCGAGAGAUGCUCAUGUUCUUCGACCCUUUCGGGGUGGAAAUCGAGUAGGUUUUUCUGUUCGUAGGGCUUCUGAUCGUCGACUUCUUAACUAACUCCCUGUCAGUUGUAAACGAUGUUGGGUCGUGAUGAGUUGCCAAUGUGUGAGGUUGCAGAUGUGCGAUUCGAAGAUAAUGUUAAUCUGAAUGUAAAUUCCGCUUGAGUUUGCGUGCAAGGCUGCAAGCAACGCACAUAUGGUUUGCACGGAAGAAAUUAGCUGGAUUUGUUAGUUUCGUAUUGAGAUGAAGAGGAAUAUUUGUGGAGGCGAUGGGAUAUCGCUAGGUAAAGAAGCAGGGACUAAGAUUUUGGAGUUGGUGAUGGCGUGGUUGCGACCGCAGGAGCUUGCGAACCUUGCAUGCGUGUCUCAAUUCAUGGCGACUGCUGUCCGGAACCUUACUCAUCGCAGGAUGGCGGACGCAGCUCAGGGACUGGAGCGGUGGCCUGUGCCGGUACGCAAUGACCUUGAUUCCCUCCGCUACCCGUGGUUCCAAUAUACCCCCUCUUGUUGCCGCAAUGCAUCGAGGUAUGCGCACCCUUGGGGUGUGGAAUCCGAUUCGUGUACAGAGCAUGGUUCUGUAAUGCGAAGGUGUCAGGAGGAUCUGGGUAUUUAUCCUUUCUCCGGGGUUUUAAGCUCCGUGGGAUGCAGGUGUGCUGACCGUUGCGUUCUUGCACAGCAGAAUCAUGGCGAUGGUAAACAUGUCAUAUCUGACGAUACGAAUUCUACGUGUGCCUGCGGGUUCACAAGCGACGGAGUGAACGCAUACACGCACGAGUCCAAGAUGCAGUUAGUGGACAAACGUAGCAAUGGGACAGAUGCGUCUAAAAAUAGGAUUGACUCAAAGUCCAUCUUUUCUAAUGAGGUUUCAUUGAAGGCCAAUGAUGCCUCAGAAAAUAUGACUUUCUGGACUGAGUGGAAGUCCCUCGAACUUUCUGAUGACGACAGUGGUGUGAAUGAAGAACCGCCACUUGUUUUGGAGUGUGGAGGAGCAUGUAUCUGCAGUGCAGAUUGUUGCCAUCGAGUUACACAGCAAGGUCUCUCUGCCCGCGUCGUUGUCACUCGUCAACGUUUUACGGGUUGGGGUUUACACGCUGCACAGCACAUCAGCAAAGGCUCAUUCGUCUGUGAAUACGCAGGUGAACUGCUAACAACUGUGCAAUCUCGAGAGCGUCAGAGCUUAUAUGAUGCCGGAAAUACCUCAUGUGGUUCUGCGUUAUUGGUUGUGCGAGAGUACAUGCCCUCAGGAGAGGCGUGUGUUCGGAUCAACGUAGAUGCUACUAAAGUAGGAAAUGUGGCUCGUUUUAUCAAUCACGCUUGUGACGGGGGCAAUUUGUUGCCCUGCUUAGUGAGAGCAUCUGGUUCAGUAAUCCCCAGAUUAGCGUUAUUUGCCAGGCAAGAUAUUCACGAUGGAGAAGAGUUGAGAUACAGCUAUGGCAGUUGCGGCGGAGUAGCUGGGAAAGUGUUACCAUGCUACUGCGGAACUCCUGCUUGUUUUGGCACACUUCCAUCUGAGAGCACAUAGUUCUUGAGCAAUAUACUAUGGUUGCUUGUGCUGUGCACUAAUCUCAUAAUCGCUAUUCAUACUCCAAUUCUUUC